AUGCGGGUGAUCUAUCUCCCUGGCAGGUCUGUCUUAAAUUCAUCUGCCUCGUCGUCGUCGUCUUCUGCGUCCGUUACCACCCGUGGUUUCCAGCCCCAUGUUACCCAAACCUUCGACAUCACAAUAGCAGAAGAAAGUGUCGAGAUGCUUGAGUAUAUAUUUGGUUUAUUUAUACCAGAUGUUGUCAGAUUGAUUUAUGACCGAUAUUGCAACCGCCCAAGUUCAACCCCAAAUGCCGAUGACCGAAUGGUGUAUGUCUCCGGGCAUCUCGCCUCUCUUAACCUACGACAAUACGACCACAUGGGCCACCAAGAACCACUCGCUUAUAUUGAUCUUACUCGUCAGAUUCAAGAAGCAAUCACGGACCUAAGAUUCUCACACGUCUUCGGUACCCAGACCCUCGCUCACUAG